UCAUGUCUCCUACUUCUUCAGCAUAUACCCAUUUCCACCUCUCUGUAAAUUCCACCAACGUCUCGCCAUUACCUCUAACAAAUACUAUUCAACUCAAUAGAAAAUUCUCUUAAAAUAAAAUAAAUCCAUAAAAAUCAAAACUUUUAAAAAUGGGUUCUUUGCAAUCUCUUCUCCAUCUUCAUCUUAAUGCUUCAUAACAUUUUUCUAAUCAGAUUCCUUAGUUUUCUUGGCCUAAUUGGUAUUUCACUACUGUUCUAUUCAGUUCUCAUUGAAACAGAUCCAAUGCAGGAGGUACAACUCAAUGAAGCAGCAGAGAUCAAGAAGCUGGAAGUUUAUUCUGUGUGGGCACUUCCAUCGGAAGACGUGAGGGAGAGGCUGAAAAAGUUGAUGGGUGGUCUCCGAUCAGAGUUUGGUGGGCCCCAAUUUGAGCCUCACGUGACUGUUGUAGGAGCAAUUCGGUUGACUGAGGAUGAGGCACGUGACAAGUUCAGAAAGGGAUGUGAAGGUGUAAAGGCGUAUAAUGCUACUGUUGAGAAAGUUGAUACUGGAACUUUCUUUUAUCAGUGUGUUUACCUUUUGCUUCAUUCAACCAAUGAGGUUGUGGAGGCUAGUGCACGCUGCUGCAGCAACUUUGGUUACAACAGCUCAAGUCCGUAUAUGCCUCAUGCGAGCCUGCUUUAUGGCGAUUUGACAGAUGAAGAAAAGAAGAAAGCUCAAGAAAAGGCUUAUAUACUUGAUGAGAGCAUUGGCAACUUGAGCUUCCGGAUAUCUCGCCUUGCAUUGUAUAAAACAGACACUGAAGACAAAAGCCUCAAAUCGUGGGAGAAGAUCGAAGAAUACAGUCUCAGCCCUAACUAGUUUUGUAAGCUCAACUUGUUACCUUAGUUUUGCAUUGCCAGUAACUUUUGGAUGUGUUAUAAAUAAGAAUUGUACUGUUGUGGCUUCUCUUUUCUGUUUACUUUUGGGCUUUUGCGAAAUUCCUGGAGUUAAUGAUACAAGAAUAAAGCAUUGUAAUUGCCAAGUUUUGGUCUU